AUGCGCGGCUCAGAGAUAGCGAGUACUCAAAUGAGCUACGCGCGGGAUGAAAUUGACCAGAGGAGGCUUCCCCAAUGGGGUAAAAACACACCACUGGGUAACAUCCAGACUGGAAAAGAGGCGGACUUCUUUGAGAGACUCAUCAAGAUUUACGUGGACGUCAUUUUUAACUGGGAAAAAUAUCCUCCGCAUGUCCAGCAUUUGCACAUUUUGGGCAGAAGUUUACUAAUGGAUAAAGUACUCAAUGUGCGAAGCAGCAAAAGUCACAAGAAAAAACUGCUUAACUAUGAGGAAGAUAAACUGUCUCAAAAUAAACCGCCGCAAAAUAACCCGUUGGAAAAUAUGAAUGAAUAUCUUGUGCGCUUAAAUGAAGCAGCAGUGCGAAAUGAGAAAUUAUCAGAGAAGGAUAAGAAGGACGUGAUCCAAAAAGUGAAAAACAUUUUCAACCACAAAAAUGUGUUGUAUGCAUUAUUUACCCUACAGCAUAACAGGAUUCUGUUUAAUUUCUCUGAGCAUUUGUUUUUAAAGCAUGUCGAGAUUUGCUUUUUAAACUCUACCGUCAGUAACAGGAUGGAUAUAUAUCGCUACAUCCGACGGUUUGGGGUCGACAACAUUUGCCUUUACGUCUUCGAAUAUGCUGAUCAUCUUAACAUUUUGAAGAGGCGCCAUGAAGUUGUUAAAGGGUUAUUUUUCGGACGUGCCUCCUGA